CCUGACUUUACGUCAUUUCAUAAGUGCUGCAGGCAGAAACACUGAACUGGGGUCAUCCUGAAUGAGACAGGUUUCUGUUAAAGAGUAAGCCUUGCAAUUCGAAUAUGCUACGACUGGCUGCAUCAUCCUUAUGUGUUUACUGCCAGCGUCUCCAGAUCUCCUUGCCACACAGCAACAAGUUCCAUAUUAGUGCUGGCCGGUGUGCUGCCCUAGGUACCGGAGAUUCAAAGGCUGAGAACAAAUGCACUGUGGACUCCCUCUGUAAUUUAUCAGUGGAUAUUAGAAAAAUACGAAAACUGAAAGGUUGGGUGCUGUUUGAAGAUACCACCUAUGUCAAUGAAAUCGCAGGUGUUUUAAAAGAAAUGGGUGCAGACGGGAUGGCAAUAGCUAGCAUACUGGAGCAGUGUCCUGAGGCACUGCUUUGUACCCCUGCUGAGGUCAACACUCAGAAAGAGUUGUGGAGGUCAGUAUGUCCCAACGAGAAAGAACUAGUAAAGAUAAUUGAAAAGUUCCCUUAUUCAUUUUUUACGGUCAGCCACCAUGCCAACCAAAAGGCAAACAUUGAGUAUUUUCAGGGAUUAAAUAUGAACAAGAGGACACUCAGCAAACUGAUGGCCAGUUCGCCCCAGAAUUUCAGCAACCCAGCUGAGAAGAACAAAGAGAUGAUCAGUACUUUGCAAGAAGUGUAUCUGAAACUGGGUGGAGUGGAAGCCAAUAUGAAAAUUUGGCUGCAUAAACUUUUGAGCCAAAAUCCAUUUAUUUUAAUGAAACCCCCUGGGACAGUAACGGACAACUUGAUGUUUCUGCAGAAAAGGGGGUUUACUGAUGCAGAACUUCUUGCACUUCUAUCUAAGCUAAGAGGGUUAAUCAUUGAGCUAUCUCCUGUCAGCAUGGAGAAGAGCCUGGCAUACUCCAAGGAAAUGCUAAAGUGCAGUGAUGACCAAGAGCUGAAAGAGAUUGUAUUAAAAUGUCCAGCUCUUUUGUACUAUUCCGUUCCAGUUUUAAAAGAGCGCUCAAAGGGACUUUUAAAUGAGGGCAUUACCAUUGAUCAAAUAAAAGAGACCCCGACAGUGUUGGAGUUAACGACACAUAUAGUGCAAUAUAGAAUAAAAAAAUUAAGUGCUUCGAGGUAUAAUAUUAAACAAGGCAGUCUUGAACCUUUAAGUGGGACAAAAAAAGAUUUUGAGGUGAGCUAUGGAAAAAUCCACCUGAAGAAAGAGCGACCAUUGUUUAAUCCAGUGGCUCCCUUGAGAGUUGAUGAAUAGCAAAGUGAACUACUUCACAGAACUACAUAAAUAAAAAGAAACAGUGAUGUAGCUGCAUUGUUUUUGAAUACUGUUGUGAUUUUAGUUUUUCUGCAGUAUCAUUUGCUGUAGUAUCAUGCUUGUAUCAGCCUAUGGAUGUCUUUGGAAGUUAUCCAUCUUGAGUACAAUUUCUUUUUUUUUUAUGUAAUUGAGUGUGUUGAAAAAUGUAUAGCACUGAAGGAUAAUAAAAAAGAACAAGUGAAAUUGAAAUAUUAUUUUGAGUCUUCUGUUAUUAAAAAUGGGAUAACACAGUAGAAUGAUUAGGGUUUUUGUUUAUUUAUAACCUAUAUUGCUGAUGACACAUGAGGAUAUUCAGAGGGUUUUAAGUGGAUAUAGUAAGAAUGAGUGAUGGACGAUGUAACCAUAGAGGGACAAAGCCAUGUAUUGUAAUUAUGUUUAAGUCAGUGGGGAAAAAAAAAACUAAACAGAGAAUGUAGUGUGCAGUACAGUGCAGUUUUUACCUAUAAAAAGGUAAUAUUGAUAAUGAAAAUGUGUUUUGUUGCUUUAAACUUCAUUUUCUGUACUAGGUCACAAGUGCCAGUUUUUCAUUUCAUUAAAUGUCAUACAGGAGAAAUACUAAUGGCAUCCUUACCACUUUGCUGUGAAUUUUGGAUUCAGGCCCUGAAUAUCUAAGUUAUUAGAGCUAUUAGAUUCACCUGGUGUACAAGAGGUUGUGAGGUCCUGCAUUCUGUGACAAACACCUUUACGUCUGCAUGAAUACGUUAUGAGCUUUCCAUACCUUUCUAACAGUUCCUUGUAAAUUGUACAAGCUCUUGGAUACCUUCUUUUUGGAGUGAGUUGCAAUGCUACUAGGUCCCAGUUCCUUCCAACUGUGACAAAUAAAUAAAGAACAAAAUAAGCAAGACAGCAGGGAAGUUUAUGGAACUGUUACUGGAAAGUAUGCACUUUAAUUAGGCCACAUCAGUACCAAGAAGAUAAUGAACAAAGCCAAACACAUGGGCCAAACCGCACUGGGUUAAGACAUUCAGACUUAAUGGAGAUACAUCAUGGGACUUUAGAAUGCUUACACAGUUUAGUAAACUUCAUGGAA